AUGAAAAUAGACUGUUUAGAUCCUGCUGAUGUGAUCACCAAGAGAUAUGAGUCUGAGCUGUCAGGAACUAAGAGCUGUUCUUCGUGCUACCAGAGAACUGGAUUAAGGACCGGAAGCGACACUGGGAAUGCUCGUCUUAAUGUUCGUCUUAGUGUUCGUCCCAAUAUUCGUCCUAAUGUUCGUCUUAGUGUUCGUUCUAAUGUUCGUCCUAAUGUUCGUCUUAGUGUUCGUCCCAAUAUUCGUCAUAAUGUUCGUCUUAAUGUUCGUCCUAAUGUUCGUCUUAGUGUUCGUCAUAAUUUUCGUUCUAAUACUCGUCUUAGUGUUCGUCCUAAUGUUCGUCUUAAUGUUCGUCCUAAUGUGCUUCUUAGUGUUCGUCUUAAUGCUCGUCUUAAUGUUUGUCUUAAUGUUCGUCUUACUGUUCGUCUUAAUGUUCGUUUUAGUGUUCGUCGUAGUGUUCGUCCUAAUGCUCGUCUUAGUGUUCAUCUUAAUGUUCGUCUUAGUGUUCGUCCUAAUGCUCAUCUUAGUGUUCGUCUUAAUGUUCGUCUUAGUGUUCGUCUUAAUGUUCGUCCUAAUGCUCGUCUUAGUGUUCGUCCUAAUGUUCGUCUUAGUGUUCGUCCUAAUGUUCGUCGUAGUGUUCGUUCUUAUGCUCGUCCUAAUGUUCGUCUUACUGUUUGUCCUGAUGUUCGCCUUAGGGACCAUCCUGAUGUUUGCUUCAAUGUCCUCGUGAUGUAA